UCCUCCCCGCGACCGCUACAUUCUGCGCCGAAACCCAGUCUCUCCCGGUCCGUAUUUUAACUUCUUCCCACAGACCUAGUGGUACCUCGUUGGGUACCGGGAGACAGUUUGGAUUACUGGCAUUACGGAUUGAGUGCGAUUUUACGCGGAUGACGACUCCUUCAACGAGAAUUUAGUAAAAGAAAAUUGGUCGGAAAUUUCAGAAUAUGUCGAGGGGACCCUAAUUUCAGCAUCCUGGAAGUAGAAAGCACAGAAGAUCUGUGUCUCACACCACAGACAGGUGCAGUGUGUAGCCGGGGCAGCACAGAGGAAGGAAGCUCUGGGGAGGAGGCGGUGCGGCAGCGUGCCUCUCCGGCUGUGGAUUUGCUGGGUGGCAACCCCCAGGCUGCACAGAAUGUGGCUGGGGAGUCACCUCGGCAUGCCCCGCAGCCGGUCGCAGCUGCCCCCCGCCCAGUCCCUCCGCUCACCAAUCCGUCCACUGUGCCAUUGCCGGAGAGCAACGAUUCUGCAUUCCUCGACAUGGAGAACACCCCUCCAACAUCACUGCCUGAGACUCUCCCGAUCAGCAGUGACUCUAAGGACAGUGUCACAGAAGAAGUCCCAGCUGAGGAGAGUGUUGCCGAAGUUGUCGGAGUUGCGAGAUCCUUGCCAACAUCCCUUACUGAGGACUGUAGUUCCUCUGCUGAGACGGAAAGGCUUCCAGCUCCCUUUUGUCCUCCCCUCUCCUCAGAUGCACAGAUUGACAGCACAGUGCAGGAGUUGCAAUACGGGUCACAAACUGAUAAAGAGAAAAGCCACUCAAAUAGUGAGACGAACCAGAUUCAGCCACUUAGAGAAAGUGCUGGACUUGUGGUUAUUACGGGGACAAAGGAGAAACAGUCUGUCAGAUUGGAAUAUAAACCAGAGACUGGAAAAAGCAUGGAACUUGUUGAAAAAGAGCAGACAGGCGGAAAUAUUUUCCCACAACCCCUAUCUCAAAUCAGUUUCACAGCCUCGUCUCCCUCUGUCCCACAAUCAGGUGUUGGUUUUAAACUCCCAAACACCACAGAGCAUGGAGCUAUGGAGCAGUCUGACAGGGAUUCACUUGUCCAUGCAAAACAAGGCAGCCAUAUACCUCCGUCAGGUGUCCCGGAACAAGCAGGUGGUCACCAGGACUCAAAAUCUUCUCCGCUCCCUUUACCCUCCUCUGACAAUAGCGAGAUUAAACAAACUGACCUGUCAAAAACACAACCUGAAAGCAUCAAGGAGAUCUCAAAUGAUGCCAGAGAAAUACAGAAAUCAAAUUCUCUGGAGUCAGUUGAGACAUUUGAGCAUGUUAAAGCGCUUGUUGAAACUUCUCACAAAGAAACACAACCUCCUUCAGCUGAAAUACUUGAGACCCCAAAGGCAAGAGAAACACUUCAUGGAUUAUACUCUUCUGGAAAAGGAAGAUCAGAGUCCAGCAGCACAGCCGACAGAGAAGACGGCAACAUCCAGACAAGCAGUGAUCCCCUUGAAGGAGAACAGGUGGAGAGUAGCAGAAGGGAAGAACAAACUGACACAGCGACCUCCUCAUCUGACUUUACAAUGCUGCCAGAGUGCUCUUCCACACAGGAGAGUUCCUCAAAACCCUCUGCUGCCCCUCCUCUGUUUGACACAGGCAUAGUUGUCUCACUGCAGGCGGGGCCGGUUGUUGAAGCAGAAACGUCCCAUCCCUCUGAUCAAGUCCCCACAACAGAGACGCCACUGGUUGCUGAGCUUGCUGAGGCUCAAGAAGUUGUGGUUGUCAGAGAGGAGGCUCAUAUCAGUGAGGACUGGUCUAACAUGCGCCUGAAUCAGAGUUACCUCCUACAACGAGAGGAUGGAAGUGUCUGCGAAGCUGCCAUCGUUAACGAGCUGAGUUCUGAACUUUCUGCCGGAGAACCAAAGCUGUAUGAAGAGAGAGUUCAGUCAGACAUGGAGUUAGACUCGCAACCGGUGGAAGUGUAUGAGUUUUGCGUGGAGGAGGUUGCUGAGGAAACGGUGUGUGCCAGUAGUAGUGCACAGAUAGCUCACUCUCCGGGAUACGAGGUGAACCUGUUCAACGCGUUACUAGAAAACUCUGAUGAGUAUACUGUCAAGCAGAAUCUAGAGAUGCACCUUGGAACAUCUAUUCACACAAUUAAUGAAAGUGACACUGUCAUCAUUUCCCAGCAGCCUUUGCCUUCAUCACAGGAUGCGAAUCAAAUACAGACUGGCUCUAACAAUAAUUCUCAUAAUCUGUCCAUACAAAACACAAGGGUAGCUGCUGUCGGCCAGCAUUUGGUAUUAGAUGCUAACCAGGCUGUUCAAGUUGCGAACUCAAGUGAGGUUUGUUUAGUUGAAGUAGCUGCUGUUACAUCUGACUCAUUCGCUGUUGAACAGACAGGCACCAGCGAACAAAUUGUGACAACCUGUUCACAGGUCAGUGCAGCAGUCUCAGACCAAACAGAGGUGAGUGAUUCUCCUGUAAUUCAAACAGCUCCCCAAAAACAGGAAGCAGCUGGUUCAUUAUCUCUCAUAUGCCCAGUGGUUACUGGUGAAGACGGAGGGAUGCAGUCGUCCGUUGCUGUUUCAGUGCACGUUUCUCAUGUAGAAAAUCAGACCCUAGGAGUCACUGUUGUAAGUGCCACAAAGCCUGAGGCCUGUGUUUCUUCACAUGAAGGGACCAAAGAAACCCCUGCUUUGACAGAGACUCCAUCACAGAAUAUUCAGAAUGUUGCUGUGCCCACAGAAACCAAACCAGAGGCUUUCCACACCGCUCACACUUCUAGUAUUAUAAAUCCAAAGCUGCUCCUUCUCAACCCAGGAGAAAGUCCUCUCCUGAAACACCCAUCCUCCCUUUUGGCACAGGUGUCCAAGCAACAGAAUGCGGCCAGCAAGCUGGCCAAUGCCCACAGCUCUUGGUCUGGCACAGUGUCUGAGGAGUGCCUUCCCCAAACUGUCGCAGCAGCAGACUCUUUAUGUGCGUCUGUGGCCCUUAGCAGCCAGAAAGAUCAGGCGCAGUGCUCUGUCAAUAAAAAUUCUGUGACGGCAGCUCCGCCCGUGAAGGUGCAGCAGCCUCUUACGAGCGGUAACAUCACACUUCAGCUUGAUCAGACUGCAUCUGUCUCCCCCACAAACAAAUCUGACAUAGAGGCCUUAAGUGUUACUAAAACCUCAGCAAAUGAAGCUGCAUCCCAAGAUGUCACACCUAUCAGUGCCACCCCACCUACAAUCCCUCACACCCUUCACAUGCUCAAAGCGUCAGUGGAAAGGGAAGGUACAGGAUCCACCUGUCCUAAUGACCCCAUCAGCCAACCUGACUCCCUCUAUGUGGAGGACGAGAGUGAGGACAUGGAGCAGGACGAACCAACGGGAGAACCUGAGGCUCACGAGGUCACUUCAGGACAUGUUAGCAGUCCGGAGGAAGGCAGCGAUGAUGAACGUGACGUGGACAAAACUGAAAGUGAAAUGGCUACUCCCAGCUCGCCACACAAGCAUGGACAGAGCAGGACAGACAGAAAGGCACUGUUCCUUAAGGUACGGCAGUGGAUCGCAGACAGGGUCACCGUGAAUUCAUCUCCUUUUUCGCCCUCCACCUCCUCAUCCUACCCUAGCCCCUCACCCAGCAGUGAUUGGUCCACCCCACGACGGGAGAGGUCCUCACCUCUCCGGGGUCCCCAUGGCAAGUUCGUUUCUCCUUCCUCUGUCGGUGGCUACAAUUCUUCGUCUUUCUCUUCUGAUCAGACUCCUCAGCGGCCCCGUGGAGAGCGUCACACAGACAUGGCAGAGCUGGCAAAACACGAAGCAGACAUUGAGCAUCGAACCCAGGCACUGAAGCGAGAAGGCUUCUGGUCAAUGAAACGUCUCACCCGCCUGACAGAGCCGCCUCGACCCAAAGUUCACUGGGACUACCUGUGUGAGGAGAUGCAGUGGCUCUCUGCUGAUUUUGCUCAGGAGAGGCGGUGGAAGAGAGGGGUGGCUAGAAAGGUGGUACGAAUGGUGAUGCGGCAUCAUGAGGAGCUGAGGCAAAAGGAAGAAAAAGCCAAGCGAGACGAGCACGCUAAAAUCAGGAGAGUUGCCUCUUCUAUCGCAAAGGAAGUCCGGGCUUUCUGGAGCAGUGUCGAGAAGGUGGUGCAGUACAAGCAGCAGUCCAGAUUGGAGGAAAAGAGGAAGAAGGCUUUGGACCUUCAGCUGGACUUCAUUGUUGGACAAACAGAGAAAUACUCAGACCUCCUCAGCAAGUCACUCGCACCCACCAGGCCAGCUGAAACCGUCCCUCUGACUCCCCAGAAAUCUCUGCCACCUCCUGUUGAUGAGGAUGACAGGGACUUUGAGCCUCCAUGUGAGGAGGAGGAUGAUGAGGAGACAAUAGAGGUGGAGGAGCAGCAGGAGGGCAAUGAUGCCGAGAGCCAUCGGAGGGAGAUUGAACUGCUGAAGGAGGAGGGCAUGCUGCCCCUGGACCAAUUACUCAGCACCCUCAAACUGCCACAGGACUCAGGCUCAGAGGAAGAAUGCUCCGAUGAAACCUCUUCAUCAGCAGAGGAGGAAGAGGAAGAUGGGGAGUUCACUGCCAAUGAAGAAGAUGCUGAGGAUGAGGAGGACACGAUAGCAGCCCAGGAGAAGGUGGAAGGAAAUGUAGAUCAUGCAGAGGAACUGGAUGAUCUAGCCAAAGAAGGUGAUAUGAGUAUUGAGGAGCUGCUGGAGAAGUAUAAAGGAGCUUAUGCCUCCGACUUUGAGGCACCUUCUGCAUCUGGUUCUAAAGCAAGCUCUGAUUCUGAGGUGUCUGGGGAUGAGGAGGAGGAGACUGAAGAAGAUGAGAGUGAUGUGGAAAGCAACACUUCCUCCUCAGAUUCACCAGGGGACAGUGCAGAGGAUGAUGACAGUGAGAAGGACGAAGAGGAGAGUGAGGAAGAAGAGGAUGACGAUGACUGUGGAGAUGAAGGGAUGGAGGUCUUGCUGAAGGAGGGAGACCACAGCCCACCUUCCUCCAGCUCACGGCCAAAGAAAGAAAUCAGCCAUAUUGCUGCUACAGCUGAAAGCCUGCAGCCUAAAGGCUACACUUUGGCUACUACCAAGGUCAAGACCCCCAUCCCAUUCCUGCUUCACGGCACGCUGCGAGAAUACCAGCACAUUGGACUCGACUGGUUGGUCACCAUGUAUGAGAAAAAGCUAAAUGGCAUUUUGGCUGAUGAGAUGGGUCUGGGAAAGACCAUCCAGACGAUUGCUCUGCUGGCUCACCUUGCCUGUGAAAAAGGUAACUGGGGCCCUCACCUCAUCAUCGUCCCCACCAGUGUGAUGUUAAACUGGGAGAUGGAGCUGAAGCGCUGGUGUCCCGGGUUUAAAAUCCUCACCUACUUUGGGAGCCAAAAAGAGAGAAAGCUGAAGAGACAGGGCUGGACGAAGCCGAAUGCUUUCCACGUGUGCAUCACUUCGUACAAGCUGGUGCUGCAGGAUCACCAGGCCUUCAGACGCAAGUCUUGGCGGUACCUGAUCCUAGACGAGGCUCAAAACAUCAAGAACUUCAAGUCUCAGCGCUGGCAGAGCCUGCUGAACUUCAACAGCCACCGGCGACUGCUGCUCACAGGAACUCCUCUGCAGAACAGCCUGAUGGAGCUGUGGUCUCUGAUGCACUUCCUCAUGCCCCACGUCUUCCAGUCCCACCGUGAGUUCAAAGAGUGGUUCUCCAACCCGCUGACAGGAAUGAUCGAGGGCAGUCAGGAGUACAACGAGGGCCUGGUCAAAAGGCUCCACAAGGUGCUGAGGCCAUUCCUGCUCCGGAGGAUCAAGGCCGAUGUGGAGAAACAGAUGCCGAAGAAAUAUGAGCACGUGGUGCGGUGCCGCCUCUCCAAGAGACAGCGAUUCCUCUACGACGACUUCAUGGCACAGGCCUCCACCCGGGAAACGCUGGCCAGCGGUCACUUCAUGUCUGUGAUUAACAUCCUCAUGCAGCUCCGCAAAGUGUGCAACCACCCCAACCUGUUUGACCCUCGACCCAUCCAGUCUCCCUUCAUCACACAGCCCAUUGUUUUCCAUACGGCCUCCCUGGUGCAGGAUGCUCUGGAGCUCCAUCCUUUGAAGCGAUGCGACCUGUCGAUGUUUGACCUUGUUGGUUUGGAGAGCCGUGUGUCUCGGUACCAGGCAGAUGUCUUCCUGCCGCGCCACAAGGUCAGCCGGCAGCUAAUCGAGGAGAUCAUGGAGUCCCCUGAACCCCCUCCGAGACCCAAACCAGUGCGCAUGAAGGUCAACAGGAUGUUCCAGCCGCCUCCUAAAGGUGAUACUAGACCAGUCCUACUGAUGAAUAAACCCACCUGCUCCGUGCCCCCUGCAGCUCAGACCCCCAAACCUCCUCCAGCAACUGAAGUCUCCUCAACUCCUGCACCUGCUCCUGUAGUUCAACAAGUGGUGUGUUCGGUGGCAACCACGCCCCCUCCCCGCCCGUCCAUGCAUCCUGUGGCUCAAACUGCAGUGCGAUCCAGCGUUCCCAAGCCAGUGCUGACCGUACGGCCUCCCACUGCUCCAUGUACAGCCAGCAUUCCUGCUCAUCCCAGUCCAAACCCCAGCAGCAUCAUGCCCCAAAGGGUUCUGCUCAGUCCUGAUAUGCAAGCCCGGCUGCCUUCUGGUGAGGUAGUGAGCAUCGCCCAGCUUGCCUCCUUGGCAGGGCGACCUGUGUCGUCAUGUCAGGGCAGUAAACCCGUCACCUUCCAGCUUCAGGGCAACAAGCUGACUCUGUCUGGAGCCCAGAUCCACCAAGUCCCAGCAGCUUCUCCACGUGCAGUUCAAGGUAAUGUGAUGCACCUGGUGUCCAGCGGAGUGCAGCACCACCUCAUCAGCCAGCCUGCUCAGGUGGCUGUCCAGAGCACAGCCAACACACUGCCUGCAAACACCAGCUCUACUGCUCCCCCUGCAAACCGCCUCCCUCAUAAUGCCUCCUCACAAGUGCCCUCCUCCAUGAUGAGCAGCCCCGGCGUCGUGAAGAUCGUUGUGCGUCAGUCAGCAGGCAAGGAGGGCGGGCCUGUGCCCACCCUGGCGGUGGCCCCUUCCCCUCGUGUUGCUCCUCAGGCAUCCCCUUCCCUGCACGCCCACACCAACACCACCCCUGUCAGGAACACUGCUCCACUGCAAAUUGCCCAGCGCACCCCUGGUCCCGCUACUGCCCACUACACCAUAGCUCCUCCCAGAAACCCUAGCUCAGCCCUGAACCAGCCCCAGACCCCUCGCCCUGUCCUCAAAGUAGUGCAGCCUCCUCUAUCAAGCACAGAGCAGCCAGCUCCGGCUCUGGUGACCCAUUCGUCCUCUGCGCCAAAGUCUUCAACAACAGCACGUGACAAUAGCACCAGCAGUCAAACGCCAGUUACCAUGAAGCCGAGGCCCAGUGCAAAAGCCUACCCUCCACCCAGGAAAGUGCCUCGCCGGCCUCCUCGUUCUCCUUUCUACAUGUCAUGGCUGGCAGACAGCUGUAAACAGCAGCACGACAGUCGGCUGGACUUCAUCAUUCGAGUCAACGAGCAGCGCUGCGGAGCGAAGCCCGUGUACGGCCAGGAGGUUAUGGACUUUCUGACUUUUCUCCCCGGUUCCCGUCCCUCUCCAGCCGCCGUGAGCUCUCAGGGGGAGUGGGGCCGGUCGGGUCACAGCAGCUGUCUGUUUGCGCAGUGGCAAAACAAAUACGACUACUGGUUUGAGAGUCACGCUGUCAGAGAGGCCAUCCACAGCAUUGAGGAGAGGCUGGAGCUGCUCAGCGACAUUAUAGACAGGUUCACCUUCGUGAUUCCCCCUGUAGAGGCUCCUCUGAUCUCCAUGCACUGCUGCCAUCCUCCUCCCUCUCUGAGCCACAAGCAGGCAGUCUUCGCCUCCAUGUUAUCAACUCAAGUCGCUCCACGCACUCGCAGUCUCCAUCGCGUCCAGUGUAACAUGAGGACCCAGUUCCCGGACCUGAGGCUCAUCCAGUAUGAUUGUGGUAAGCUUCAGACACUCCACACUUUGCUGCGAAAGCUGAAGACAGGAGGCCACAGGGUGCUGAUCUUCACUCAGAUGACGCGUAUGUUAGAUGUGCUGGAGCAGUUCCUCAACUACCACGGACACAUCUACCUCCGCCUGGACGGCAGCACCCGGGUGGAGCAGAGACAGGCCCUCAUGGAGCGCUUCAAUGCAGAUCGUCGCAUCUUCUGCUUCAUUUUGUCAACUCGCAGCGGAGGUGUAGGGGUGAACCUGACGGGGGCCGACACCGUAGUUUUCUACGACAGUGACUGGAACCCCACCAUGGACGCCCAGGCACAGGACCGCUGCCAUCGUAUCGGCCAGACCCGAGACGUCCACAUCUACAGGCUGAUCAGUGAGCGCACAGUGGAGGAGAACAUUUUAAAGAAAGCCAACCAGAAGAGGAUGCUGGGAGAUAUGGCCAUCGAAGGAGGAAACUUCACCACUGCCUUCUUCAAACAGCAAACCAUCCGAGAGCUGUUUGAUGUGAAUGACGGGGAGAAACGAGAGGUGGCGGUGGAGCUAUCAGUGCCCCAAGCUGAGGAGGAGGAAGCCGUCAAUAAACAGAGCACCACCAUUCUGGAGCAGGCCCUGUGUCGUGCCGAGGACGAGGAGGACAUCGUGGCAGCCUCUCAGGCCAAAGCAGAGCAGGUGGCAGAACUGGCGGAGUUCAAUGAAAACAUACCACUGGAUGAUGGAGGAGAACAGGAGGAAGUGGAGGAGCUCUCCAAGGCCGAGCAGGAAAUAGCUGCUUUGGUGGAGCAACUUACUCCCAUUGAACGCUACGCCAUGAACUUUCUGGAAGCCUCAUUAGAAGAUGUUUGCAAAGAAGAGUUGAAGCAAGCUGAGGAGCAAGUGGAGGCUGCCAGGAAGGGCCUGGACCAGGCCAAGGAGGAGGGUCUCAAGCUUCACGCUUCAUCUGAUGACGACGACGACGACUUUUUGUCACCGCCAGCGUCUGUGGAGCCGGCUCAGCCAGCGCCGGCCCGCCGUGGCCGUAAACCCAAGGACAAGGACAAGAUUGUCACCUCAACACGGACCAGUGGUCGGCUUCGUGGGGCCUCCCCUGAACCUGAGCCUGAGCCUACGACCCCUAGAGAAGUGCCUGAGAGACUCCGUCUUUGUCUGAGAGGACGAGGAGCUGCCAAAGACACUGGUGCUGUGUCUACCACCCCAUCUCGCACAGACCAUCUAAAAUCCUCCUCAUCAGCAAGGCUCCAAGACUCCACCAGAUCUUCAAAAGCUUCAUCACCUGCCAGAGACCACCAGACCACCAAAACCAGGACUCUACCAAACCGCGCCCAUUCCAGUCCAGUGCCUUCCCCUCCUACAACCUCUCCUCCUGGAGGGAAACAGCAUUGUGCUGAGGACACUGACGGCAAGAGCACCAAAGCUGGCAGAGAGGAAAAGGAGGGGGAGAAAGAGAGGAGGGUGUCUGAGUCAUCGCUUGAGUCCAGCUGUCCAGUGGAUAGUCAGACAAAAGAUGAUGACAGCAAAGACCACAGCGCCAUGUCUCCGCCAUCCACCAGCUCCAGAUCGCCUCGCAAGCGUCAGUCAGCAGACGGUGAGGUCCUGCGGGGCCUGGUUGAAGACUCCCCAUCAGCCAAAGUCCUGCGGAAGCUUCCAGGGAGGCUUGUCACGGUGGUGGAGGAGAAGGAGCCAAGAAGGAGGAGGCGACGUGGAAGCGGCACUGGAGGUGGAGGUUCUUCAGAGGACGCAGCAGUGGAGGAGACCGCUGCUGGAUUUGUUGAUGAACCAAACAAAGACAAUGUAUCACUGAGCCCUGACAGCAAAACUAAGGGGACUGUCACCAAAUCCCCUCAGGACCAAGACACAGGUGCACAGACCCCAAAUCCGUCUGUGCACAGUCCCCAGCCUGUCAGGGGUUAUCCUCCAUAUUCCCCACCCCAUCUUUCUCCUGACAUGCCUGUGCUGAGGAACCUUCCUGUACGGCGCAGGUUAGAAACUGAAUCUCGCAUGGCUGCUCAGCUGGGAGAGCAACAGCAGCAUCUGGGUAGAGGACGGGGAGGAAACCAGUCCAGGAAGACGGACACUCCACCAGGCAAAGACGCCACUUCAGCCUCCACAGAGUCCAGUGGGAAUUCUCUUGUGACACCUAUGAAAAGAAAGAGGGGCCGGCCCCCUAAAACUCCCCCCAGGUUACCUGAGCCAGACAACACAGUGACUCCUUCCCCACAGCCCAUGUCACCAAGUGAGGAGGCGAACCCCCCUCUGUCCCCAAAACGUAAGAGGGGUCGUCCCCGCAAAGACUCCACAACCACACCAGACACUGUCAGUGAAGGACAGAACUCUAAAAAAGAGACAACCACUGCUGACGUGUCUGGUUUAUCAAAAACCGAUGCUAGCACAGAGCCAACGGCACCGCCGUCCCAGAGGACGGAGACCCCUCUAGCUGCUGCUAGCACCAGCCAGGCGUCCCCGUCCACCACAGCCGAGGAAAUUGACACUAAGAACCAGGUUUCAGCCCCUGCUCCAAAUCCGGUGCAAGCCUCUGCAACUAAAACAAAUCAAGCCUCCACACCAGUGUCCGCUUCAGUGCAAGCACCACCUGCACCACCUGCAGCCCAGGUCACCUCCCCCCUCCCUGUGGCUGCCUCCACAUCAGCCCCAACCCAAGUUGUUAGUACAGCUCCAACUACAGUUCCAAGCUCAGACGCAACAUCAACCUACGUUUCCUCUGCAUCCUCCAUCACACUGUCCACGUCGGCUACUAUCCCCCCCACCACCACACCCCACCCACUGCCACCUGCCAGCUCUGUCUCAUCAUCUCUUCCAGGUGUAAAUCCAACACUUCAAGCUUCUACAGCUCCAACAGAGCCAAAACCUUCAGCUUCUACAACUGUGAAAACAACAGGACCCGACACUGCCAAAACCACCACAGCUGCCACCACACCACCCACCACACCACCCACCACAGCUGUAGUUUCAACAUCAGUCCCUGUCACAACAAUCGUAACAGCCACUACCGUAAUAUCAGAAACAGUGAGUGUUACACCAGCAGUCACAACAACUAAAACUACUGCUGCAACGGACUUAACGCAAGCUUCUGCUCCGCCACCUACAACAUCUGCCCCAGCUGCUCCAACAUCUGCCCCAGCUGCCACUUCAUCAAGCCCAGCUACAGCUUCAUUAAAACCAACCUCAGCAUCCUCCCCCGCUACAGCAACAACUACGACAACAACUACAACAAAAACAGUCCAAGCUUCAUUAAACUCAGCAACAACUAUGACAACAACUCCAGUAAAAGCAGUGCAAACAAGUCCAGUAAACUCUGGCAGCGCUUCUACAGCGCCACCCGUAACAACAGUCUCCACAUCCGCUGCAAAUACAGCUCCAUCUUCUCCAGCCCAAACAAGGACUAACAUGACAACUACCAAAGUCCCUGACAAACCGGGGCAAACAGUGAAAGGGGCCACACAGACAAAGGCAAACACAGCGGCUGUCAAAUCACCAGCGGUAUCUGCUGCUGCUCCUCAUCCUUCCCCUGCUACAUCAUCUGCCAGUGGUACUACAGCCACAGAGGCAAAGGUGGUCACAGUAACCUCAUCGCCUCCAGCAGAAGAUGUCAAAGUAACGACGCCUGCAGCAGCAGCCUCUUCCAAAGAACACACUUCUACUUCUGCUGCCCCUGCUACAGCUAAAGAAAGGAGCCCACCCCCAGUAACAGCGUCCACAGAUGCUGCACCAUCCCCACAGAUCUCAGCUACGGUUGUUACCACAAACACUGUUACUACAACUACCCAUGCGUCCACAGCCACAGCCACUCCCGUGCCAGUUACAGCAACCACGGUGGUGUCAACAGCUCCUCCUGCAUCCACCCUCCAAACAUCUGCAGUCAUUUCCCCCCAAGUACAAAACUCUGCUUCCACCAGUGUUUCCCCGGAGGUGACCGCACCGGCCCAGACGGAGGCCCUGCCCCAGGUACCCACGUCUGCCUCUUCUGGUGUUUCAUCUGAGAAGCAGUCUACAGAGUCACAACAGAAAGAGUCUGCAUCUAAGAGUGACUCAGACAUGCUGACAGAAAUGGAAGUAGAUGCUGUGGAGGCUGAAGGGAGGAGCAGCAAUGAGGACAGAAAGGACAAGGAAGACAGAAAGGACAAGGAGGACAAAACGCAGGAGCUCUGUAAGUCUCAGUCUAAAAGGAGAAAGGUGGAGAGUUCCUCUGAGACCAAAGACUUGGAGUCAGGAAGCGGGGGAGCAGGCGGAGAAGCAAAAACUACAAAUGCGCCUCAAAAAGAAGAACUUAAGCAACAGGCGGUGGAGGAAACACCUGAAGAUCAGAAACCUCCCAAACAGAAAAGGUCUCUUAGUCGCCAGAGUAGCCAGGAGUCGACUCGCUCCUCUUCUCCAUCAUCUGGGGGCUCUACAUCAACCCUCACUCGUUAUGCUCACCACAAGAGGACAUAUGAGAACAGACAUCCUGCCAAGAGGAGGCGAAUGGACGUCACCUCAGAAGCAGGGAGUGAGGACACAAAGGAAGAGGGUGGGGAAAAGAAAGAGGAAGGCGAUGAGGAGGAGCUCUCCACCGCUGCCUCUCGGAGGAGGCGUUCCAGGUCUUCCUCUUCCUCCUCCGACUCUGACAACAGCGAGAACAGGAAGGAGCACCGGCUGACUCGCUCUGCCAAGCGCAGGCUACAAGAUCAGGAGAAGGAAAAGGGCAACAACCGGCCAGGAAAAAAACCUGCACGCAGCUCUGACAGAAACGCCUCAAACAAUGCCAACACAUCCACAGGUGGAGAGUCCGGCAGUGACACGUCUUCUGUCAGGAUCACCAGAAAGUCUGUGGGAUCUCAGCCUUCGCAAGACAGCAAAGCUCAGACAAACAGCGCCCCCUCGCUGCCUCCUGAGCCUGAAGUUCUGGGGAAGAGAUGCUCGGCGCUCAACGCAGCAGCCAAGCUUCUCGCAAUGAAGGGCAGAGUGGACACCCCCGGCCACACCACUCGGAAAGACUCGGCGGCCAAGGCCAGCGGGACCUCACCCGCAUCUUCAUCUGACAAGAACCAAAAGCCUAAAAACAAAAAUGUUCCAGCAUCUCCUCAGAGUAACUCUGUGACUCUUACUAAUAAUAAAAGCAGCGGCAGCAAACCCUCAGCACCCAAUCAGUCGAGCCGUUCUGCUUCCCGCUCCACUAGACAGUGCCCCGGCUCUCUGGUUCCACCCUUAGAGAUAGAGUACAAGAGGUCUAAGCCAGAGGAGAAGGAGAGAGGGAGCAGGAAGUCGUCAAGGGGAAAGGAAGGCGAGGCUGAGGCGCAGUCUUCGUCCAGGGGCCACAGUGCCUGCAGCAGCAUGAGCAGUGACGGCGAGGGCGAUGGUGGUGGACGCAGCAGCAGAAGUCGCAGCAGCAGCAACAGCAGCCAACGUACACACAGCAUCAGCUCUCAAAACACGGAGCACAGAGAGUCCCACUCACGCGCCACUUCCUCCGGCAGCGAACGCGAGAGGGACUGCAGCUCGGAUCGGGCAAAGAGGAGGGACAAAAAAGAGAAGCAGGGCCAACAGCGCGAGAGCAACAGGGACACCAGGAGGUCUCAAAAGCUCUCGCUGGAGGUGACCAGCAGUUCGGGAACUGAGGGGACGCCGGACAGGGUGCUGCGAAGCGUCGCAGCCCUCGCAGCGGUGCAGGCUCGGUCGCCGGCUGCAAGCACCCGCUCCUCCUCUGGUCAACACCGUCACAACAAGACAUGAUCGGAGUGCCAAAGGGAAAAAAAUGGAAGCAAGAGUGUUGGUGCAGAGCACGAUACGAGAGCAUGUCAUGACCUCCAAGGUUGCUGCUUUGUCUGCACUCUAACAAAUGCAAGGGAUCUGAGUGCUGCACAAGCCAGGGACCUCCCUGCCUCUUGGGCCCUCUCCCUUUCCAGUUGGAGCUGGUCCCCUUACCAGCUCAGCUGUUGUCAGCUGGGGGAAGGCUCAGGGAAGCUGGACUGAGAGUAAAAACAUGGCGCCGUCACUGUGCGUCUGUAGACGGACAGAGACAUGGAGAAACUCACCACUGGGACUUGAGGGGGACAAAGGUGCAGGAGGUGAUGAAAGCAAGUUGUUAGUUCACAUUUUGUACUGUAAUCAUUAAAGACUGGAACACUCAGAUCUUAUGUGUUAAGAUGGGAUUAUACAGCACCCUCCAUUAGGGUUACAAAUGACAAGUCAUUUGUGUGACAUCAAAAACUUUUGAGUGACCAGUUGUAUUGUAAGUUGGAGGUUUUAGAAAGUUUGGUUUUGAAAAUUUCGUCAGUUGUCCUGACUAUUGUUUCUUUGUAGUCAGUUGAUAAGUUAUGCAUAUUUUAUUAUUUCUUCCAGGGUAUUAGGAAGAGAACAGAUCUGUCAAUGUGAUCUUUGCUGCACUAUGCUGGAGCUUGUCUUUGCUUGGGCCCUUUUUUUUUUUUUUUUUCCCUCCUUUACGUCAGUUUCUGUUCAUCGGAUUCAUUUUUAAAUCCAGCCUUGCGUUUCUCAUUUGCACAUCUGAUAACGUGGCCCUUGGCUUUUGAGUACGUCGUGGUCUAAUAAUUCGUUUUUACAUCAGCUUCAGUCAAUUAAAUUGGUUCCUGGUACCUCGCAGAGGAUUUCCACAGUUUGAAAAUAUAUUAAUUGGAAGUUGCAAAUUGUCUUGAAGGUGUUAAAUCUGGAGACAAAAUCCAAAUCUUCCUAAAGGCAGUUAUGUCCACUUUGUCGUGUAUUUAUACUGAAAGGGCAAGUAAAUGUAAUUGAAAUUAAAGAGUGCCUCUGUGGCCAAAUGGGUUUGAACCUCAGAUUGCCUUGUGAAGCACCUGAAGCAGGGGUGCUGAGCUUCUCAAAAAAAGAAAAAAAAAUACACCCUCCCACAAAACAUGGAGAAAAGCACCCUGUGCGUCAGUGCUACCAAAUUAAUGUUUUAGUUUUCACCUGAAUUUAUUUGUCACGUCACUUCAUUGCUCUUCAUUAAUGUAAAAAAAAAAAAAUACUUGGACAAAAUAUGUGAAUAAAAUUACUGGUACAGUUCCA